AUGCCCAUUUACAAAGACAAAAGCCAUGAAGAGCUGAGGUUCGAGGACUCUCAUCAGUUCUUAGGGAGUAAAGAUGCAGCUUCUGGAUUCAUCUUUCAGUCUAAUCAACCCUCAGCUGGCAAGACAAAUGCUUUUUUAGGGCCUCCUGCUGUCACUCCCCAUAGUCAACCACAAACAUCAAGUGCAAUAUCAAGUGAAUCAGGGCCUUGGCCGAGCAAUUCAACUGGUCUUGCUUAUAUUGGCGGCCAACAUUAUGGAAGUAAAAUAGCAUCGUGUGUUGCAACCAGGGAAGUGGAUAUAGGUAGUACUGAACCUGCUGGAAAAUUGUUCUCGAUCUCUGCCAUGCCCAUUUACAAAGACAAAAGCCAUGAAGAGCUGAGAUUUGAGGACUCUCAUCAAUUCUUGGGGAGUAAAGAUGCAGCUUCUGGAUUCAUCUUUCAGUCUAAUCAACCCUCAGCUGGCAAGACAAAUGCUUUUUCUGGACCUACUGUUGUCAGUCCCCAUAGUCAACCAGAAUCAUUAAGUGCAAUAUCAACUGGGACAGGACUUUUGACUGGCAAUUCAAGUGGUUUCAUUUGGCCAAAGCAUGAAUCAAUUACAACUCCACAGAUAACUCAAAUUGUUGUAGCAACAGAUGGCGCUUCCACUAGCAUCUCACAACAGUCAAUUUCCGCUAUGGAUACAGGAGAUUGUCAUCAGAGUGCUGGGAUGCAGCUGUCUGAGUCUCAGAGCACCAUCACUCUAGACCCAUCUGUUGUUGCAAGUCCUUUUGGAAUGGAGUCUAGAAUACAGAUGUCAAUGGGUGGUAGAGCAGCUACCACAACUGUUCAAUAUGGAAUUUCUUGCAUACCGGUAUCUGACAAACCUGCUCCAGUGAAAAGAAAUUCCUUGUUGACCACUAGAUGUUUGUCUCUAAGCCAAAACUGGCCAUCAGUUGAGAAGUACCGGCCUAAAAAUGACAGCCAGAAGGUUCCAUUUUAUGAAGAAAAAGUACCUGGGAUAUACAAAGUUGGCGCUUCCUUUAUUCCAAGGGAAAAUGCAAGAUCUUGGGUUCUAAACUCCAUGGUGGAGCGGCCUCUAAAAACAAAAUCAAGGAAUUCCUCUUUACUGGAGGAGGAGUCCGUAUCUGCAUCUGAGACUGGAAAUUUUGAGGCUGAUGUUGAAGCUAUACUGCCAAAACUCCAAUGCCCAGAUUAUUAUAUAAAGCCUCCGGUCGAGGAGCUAGCUGCAAAAGAAAGGGCUGAACCAGGAUUCUGUCACCGUGUGAAGGACUUUGUGGUUGGAAGAGAGGGUUAUGGAAGCAUCAGGUUUUUAGGGGAAACAGAUGUGAGAAAUCUUGACGUUGAAUCUGUUAUCCAGCUUAACCAUCGAGAGGUGAUUGUAUACAGGGAUACGACCAAGAAACCUCAAGUUGGACAAGGCCUCAACAAACCUGCAGAGGUAUCUCUUCUCAAUGUCAAAUGCAUCAACAAACGUACUGGGAAGCAAUACGUGGAAGGAACAAGGGUUAAUAAGUGGAUAGAUAUGCUGAAAACGAAGGCAGAAGAGCAAGGUGCUGAGUUUCUAUCUUAUAAUCCAGUAACUGGUGAGUGGAAAUUCAGGGUCCAACACUUCUAAGGUCAAAAGAUGGUGACCAGCAGCUGAGCUGAUCACAAAACGGGGAGUCAGAGACGUUUGAGCCCAUAGUAUAGGACGUAAUGCCUGGAAUAGCUUGGCAUUUACCAUUUUCUGCAAAUCCUUUUCUGUUUUUCCCAUCUUUGGUAACAUAAAUGGCAUGAUAUCUGCUGAUAUAUUAUUGCUGGUCUUCAAUUCGUUAUAACUUGACGACUGAUGAGUUUGUUCUUCGUCGAAGCUUAAGCACCAGACCGGUUUGUAGUUUAUAUGGU